UAAAGGUGUAUUAUAAAUCUGUCAACAGUACCUAUGUAAACUCGAAAGUGAUAUAAAUUAUGUGUUGUAACAAAUAGUGUAGGUAGGUACCAAACAGAGCAUAAUCUACAAAUCAUAACUAAGUUAUCGGUGUCUACAAUUUUUCUUGGAGCCAAAUAGUGAAACUCUCAUAUUUUAUAGUCGGCUUAAAAAUGUCCACAUUACGAGCUGGUCCCAAUGUAAAGUUAGCAAAAAUUUUCUACAAAUAUGAAGACCGUCCAAAGAAAACAGAGGAACCGGUAGUUCAGAAAGAAGUAGUUAAAGAUGAAGAAACUAAAAUCGAGUCUGAACCUAUCCAAUCCUAUCCUCCAUACAAUUUCUCGUGGUUUGUCGAAGGCAAGAUCGCUGGUAUGGGUUGUCCACAGACAGCGGAAAAUCUGAACUACUUAGCUGACGUAGGAAUCAAUCAUAUUAUAACUCUGUCCCCGGAAAGAAUACCGCCUUUACUACAAUGUGAAAAGAAAAUGAAAUGGACGGAAAUCAGAAUCAAGGAGUUCGCAGCGCCGACUUUGAAACAAAUUAUUAAGUUCAUUGAAAUAUGCAAGAGGGCUGAAAUGAUGGGGGAGGUGAUAGCGGUCCACUGCCGACACGGUCGUGGCCGCACCGGCACCAUGCUAGCGUGCUACUUGGUCUUCUUUCAAAAUAUGGCGCCUGAACGAGCUGUACUUACGACUAGGUUGAGAAGACCAGGAUCAUGCGAAACAUACGAACAAGAGAAAAUAGUCUGUCAUUAUCACGAUUGUCUUCGCGGUACAAUAACUAAGCCAGAUUAUCGUUUGGUAGAUGAUAAAUUAUACUUCGAUUAUACUAUGAAGUAUACUUAUGACAAUUCGGACGAAGAAACUGACGAUAUCGAAGAAGAAAUAGAUGAAAAAAAGACGUUAAAAGAAAGAGUGGACGAGGCCAUUUUAAAAGCAAAACCGAAAACUAACGCAAUGGUCAUUAAUCAUAAAAUUUAUUUUUGAACUAUUAAAAAAAAUCUACGGUUUGUGGAUGUCUAUGAAUAUUGUAAAGAAUUGAAAUAGAAAUUGUUUAUUUAUGUUUGAGCUUUUUGUAGAUGAUAUUGUGAUAAAAUAAAACACCAUGAACAUU